UUGGUUGGGGAGAGCGCACCUUCCCUCGCCCCAGUCCCGGCCCCGGACGCCCGCCCGCGGGCAGGCCGGGAGGGGCGGGGAGAGGCUGGUCCGCGUCCGCUCCGCGGGCUGCGGUGACGUUGCGGCCCCCGAACGGCCGCACCGCGGAGUCGGGUUGGAACGCGCGAGCGGGGGUGUUCCCGCGCCGGGAGAGGAAUAGAGAGUUAGAAACAUCGACCAGCUGCCCCCUGCACACUCCCUACUGGGGAUGUGCCCGCAACCAAGGUACAUGCCCUUGACCAGAAUCGAACCUGGGACCCUUCAGUCCGCAGGCCGACGCUCUACCCACUGAGCCAAACCGGUCAGGGCGCCAUUUUCUUGAAAGAUAGUCUGAACCUUCCUAACACCAUCUCCCCUGGCCUGACGGAAUCAGCUGGUCGUCCUUCAGGAUCUACCCAAUCCAGAGCCAGUAGCUCUUUGGUCCAUUAUCAGCCUGGACAAUGCAGACGCCACUGACCAGUCCUGUGCCUGUGCUCCGGCUCCCCCGGGGCCCCCAGGGCUUGAGCAGAGGCUUUGCCCCUGAUGGACGGAGGGCUCCCCUGAAGCCAGAGGUUCCUGAAACCCCGGAGUCUCCUGUAGUGCACGAAUGUCAGGAAUCCCAGGAACAGCGGGCCCGAGCCAUCCUCCGGGAACGCUACCUCCGCAGCCUGCUGGCCAUGGUGGGUCGCCAGGUCAGCUUCACCUUGCAUGAGGGUGUGCACGUGACCGCCCACUUCGGAGCCACUGACGUGGAUGUGGCCAACUUCUACGUGUUGCAGCUGCAGACUCCGAUAGGUGUGCAGGCUGAGGCACUGCUCCGGUGUAGUGACAUUAUUGCAUACACCUUCAAGCUAUAAAGACGUUAUUGUGGUCACCUUCUGCCUUAGGCCUCGCCACAAAUUCCCAGGCUUCCAACAGUUCCAGAUCUCUGGGCCUCAUAGAGUUCGGAAUUCCCUUGGAGUUUUGAGCCAAGCUCCAAGCAACUGACUUCUUCAGAUCUCCAGUGUCUAGUCAAUAAAAUUCUGUAACCCCACAAGUUCUAGAUCCCAUUGAAAGGAAUGCUCUACCUCACAGAACUUUAAACUCUACAGAAGUGUGGGUCUUGGGACAGUUCCUGAAGACUGGAGGUGGGGUGGGGUCGGGGAGGGGGCAGUGGGAAUAAAGGAAGGCAAAUUGCAGAGUGGGAAAUGGUUUAUUAUAGAGGUUGCAAAGUUCAGUCACCCUGAAGAAAUUCCCCAAUACUACCCUCCUGCCAAAGAACAAU